AUGGGGUGCUUAAAAACCGUCAGUGAUAGAAUUAUUUGGGCUUUAGAAACAGCGUUUUAUAAUGUAGGUGUAUUUAUUGGUAACUAUCCCUGGUUGACCAUUAUUCUCUCACUGAUCAUCUGUGGAACUUGUGGUAUUGGUUUAAAAACUUUUAAAGAAACAAAAUCUCAAGAGAAACUGUGGGUACCCAGUGAUUCCAGGGUGUUAAAUGAAAAACGAUGGGUUGAUAAGAAUUUUCCUGUUUCUACCAGAUAUGUUUCUAUUGUUGUCACCAAUCCUGAUGUCCUUAUGCCAUCUUUUAUCAAUGCUCUGUUGGAGUUGAAAAUAGAGUUUGAAAAUGUUACUGUAAAUGGAAAAGAAUUUACUAAAUUUUGUUACAAGGUAUCUUCAAAAUGUCGUACAACUGGUUUGUUAGAAAUAUGGAAUUAUGAUCAGUCAACUAUAAAAUCAUUGUCCAGAACUCAGAUAUUAGAUACUGUUAAUAAUAUAACUCAUAGCCCAGUAUUUGGUAAUGAGUUGGAUGUUAAGAAUUAUCUGGGUGGUGAAAUCAGACGAGAUAGAAAUGGUAGAAUUAUUAGUGCUGAGGCUACACAGAUAACAUGGCUUCUAAAACCUGGAGCUGUCUCUAAAGAAUGGGAAGGACAAGUUAUUAAAAAGGCUCUACAAGGUGAUAAGAUGUUUGAGAAUAUUUAUGUUUAUGCUUCUAGAAGUUUUGAUGAUGAAGGUUAUGGAGCUAUUAACAGUGAUAUUAAACUUCUCUCAGCUGGUUUCAGUAUUGUCUUUCUCUUUGUCAUGGUUUCACUUGGUAACUUCAAUAUGAUAGAACAUAGGAUUAUAGUAUCUCUACUGGGAUUAACCAGUGUUGGGUUAGCUAUAUUAUUUGCCUAUGGUGUGGCUACAGCUUUAGACAUUAUUUAUGGUCCCAUACAGUCUAUCAUGCCUUUCUUACUUCUAGGUAUUGGUGUUGAUGAUAUGUUUGUUAUAGUUGAAGCCAUGCGUAAUUUAUCACCUUCUGAAAAAAGACUUCCAUUACCAGAACGUAUUGGUACUGUAUUAAAACAUGCUGGCGUGUCAGUCACUGUUACUUCUGUUACAGAUAUUGUAGCUUUUGGUAUUGGGGCAUCUACAGUCAUUCCAGCUUUAAGUGCUUUCUGUAUCUAUGCAGCAUUAGGAAUAUUCGCUCUGUUUAUUUUACAGUCAACGUUUUUUGUGGCAUGUUUAACUAUAGAUCAGCAGAGGAGAGAGGUCAAUCGUAAUGCCUGUAUCUGUUGUUAUACUCAUAAACUAUAUUCACCCAAUUCCUGUAGCCAAAUACAGUUUCUACCUCUAUUUUUUGAGAAAUAUUUUGCACCAUUUUUACUAAAAUUACCAGUUAAGAUAUUAGUAGUCUGUACAGUUAUUAUAGUCGUCAGUUUUAAUCUAUGGAGAUUUAUUUUAUUAAAACAAGAUUUUAAUUUAACGAACUAUAUUCCAUCAGAUUCCUACGCCUAUCAAUAUGUUCACGCUAAACAGAAAUAUUUUAAUGAUGAAGGGAAGGACACAGCCAUUUAUUGUGGUGAUAUAGAUUACUAUAAAUAUAGGAGACAGUUGGAUGUUGUACAUUAUUUACUAGAAGAUAAUCAGUAUAUACAGAAUGGUAGUAUAAUCAGCUGGUAUAAAACAUUUCAACAAUAUAAACAAUCUACAGGUAUCACCAUAGCAACAGAAUCAGACUAUAAUCACCAUGUUUUUCAAUUUAUUAAAUCAGCCGGUAAAAAUCUCAGAAGUUUUAUCAAGUUUAAUUCUACACGGGAACCUGUCAGAAUUAAAGCGUCCUAUUUUACUAUGAAACAUACCCUACAAAUUGACUCCAGUGAUCAGAUCAAGGCCAUGGAUUCAAUACGAACUAUUGUAGAUGAAGAAAUGUUACCACAGUACCAUUCUGAUACCUUACCAACCUAUAAAUGUUUCCCCUACUCUAGAAACUAUCUCACUUAUGAAACUAAUAAAGUAUUGCUAUAUGAAUUGUACCGUAAUUUAGGACUAGCUGGUGGCUGUAUAUUAUUAGUAACUAUGAUACUGAUAGCUAAUUUCUACACCAGUUUAAUGGUCUUCUCUUGUGUUAUAUUUACACUGAUAGAUGUUGGUGGCACAUUAGAACUAUGGGGUGUUACUAUUGAUACAGCCAGCUCUGUGUUGAUGAUUCUAUCUGUAGGACUAGCUGUAGAUUAUUCAGCACAUAUUGGACAUACCUUUAUGACGAUAUCUGGUACCAGAUCAGAGAGAUCAACCUACACAUUAAAGACAAUAGGACCAGCAGUUUUCAAUGGUGGUUUUAGUACUUUGUUAGCUUUUGUCUUACUGGCUAAUAGUUCCAGUUAUGGUUUUGCUUUAUUCUUUAGGGUAUUUCUAACUGUGGUGUUGUUUGGUUUAUUUCAUGGUUUAUGUUUUCUACCAGUUUUAUUAAGUUGGUUUGGUCCCAGACCUUAUGACUCUGCUAAAAGUGUAGGUCAAGGUCAUCCAGUUUUAAAUGGUGCUAACAAACAGCUUCUAAUAGAUCAUCCUCAUUUAAUAUCUCUGAAGAAAAUAGAGGAUUUUGGAAAAAAAAAGAGGGAGAAUUCAAUGCAGCAGGAAACUGUGAAUAUUUCAACUAUUGAUCCAGGUUUACAAUCUUCUGAAUUGACUAUUGUGCAUAUCUGA